GUCCCGCGCGUGCGCGGACGGGAAGCCGGGCGGGAGAGAGCGAGCCGGAGGAGGCGGGGCCGGGGCUCGAGCUCUCGCUGUAGUAGGCAGGGAGACGGGAGGAGGCAGGGAGGCCGGUAGUUUUAGUUAGUUAGCGAGGGAGUUGUGCCGGAGGCAGGCCAACCGGCCAGCCAGCGAGUAGUCGGAUGAGCUGACGGUCGGGAGUUGGCGGGCGGAGGCGCUGAGAGAGGAAAGAAGUUCCCUCUCACACCUGAAUAGGAUGAGCAAGAUUUGAUUUUACAGACAAGAUAAAAAAGCAAAGCCAUAACAAAUGAAUGUUCUUACCAUGCAUUGAACAACUUCUGAGAGUCAGGUGCUCAGCCCUGGGAAAAUGUCUGCUUGCAAUGCAUUCACUGAACAUGUCUGGAAACCUGGUGAAUGUAAAAAUUGUUUCAAGCCAAAAAACUUGCACCAACUGCCUCCACCCUCUGAAAAACCUCCAGUCUCUAAUACAAAUCUAAAAAUUAAUGUAAGCCACAACAACAACCAACGUACUAGGAAUACCGGAAAUGUUCGACCUCCUGUAGCAAAGAAACCCACUAUAGCUGUGAAACCCACCAUGAUGACAGUAGAUGGACAAGGUAUAUGUGGUGAGGUCUGCUCACAAGAUCUUUGUGAGAACAAGCCAAUUGUAGGGUGGAACCAAAAUAGGACUGUCUUGAACAAAAAAUCAGUUAACAACAAUAAUAAUGAAGAAAUUGAAGGUUAUAGCCAUGUUCAUAGGCCUUAUGGGGAAAGUGAUGGUGUAGGUAAAGCUCCAAUCAAUAAUAAUGGACUGACAGAAAUGUUGAAGGAAAUUGCAGGCUUGGAUACCUCAUCUCCUCUAACAGAAGGAAGUGAAAUUAAUUCAAGGGAAGCAUUCUUGGGAAGAAUAAACAAUUGUUAUAAAAAGUCAUUAGAAAGAAGGGUCCCUCCAAGUUGUAUGAUGGGUGGAAUGAAGGAUUCACAAAAUAAGCAUGUUGUUUUGAGUGGAAGCACUGAUGUAAUAAGUAAUGAAGGUGGCAGAUUCUGUUAUCCAGAAUUCUCCAGUGGGGAUGAGAGUGAGGAUGAUCCAUUUUUUGGCAGUAUGUAUGAAGACCAUGAGAGCUGGGAUGAAAGUGAUGAAGAGCUGCUAGCAAUGGAAAUUCGCAUGAGGGGACAGCCACGCUUUGCUAACUUUAGGGCUAAUACUCUAUCACCUGUCCGAUUUUGUGUUGACAAAAAAUGGAACACAGUGCCUUUAAGGAACAAGUCUCUCCAGAGGUUUUGUGCUGUGGACUAUGAUGAUAGCUAUGAUGAAAUUUUGAAUGGUUAUGGAGAUGACACUGUGAUCCUUUAUGGGCAAGAAAGCAUGCAAAGCAUGGUAUCAUCUGAUUCCAUGUCUCCUGACUCUUCUUUGACUGAAGAGUCUUGCUCUGGGACAGCAAGCAGUUCUUCUCAAAAGCUCUGCAAUGGUGGAUUAUCUCCUAGCACUCCUAAAGAUAUCAGAUUGAUUGAGGAAGGAUAUAAAAGUUUUUGUGAUGAUCAACAGUUGAACAUUGUAACUAAAAACCCUCAGAAUGCAACCAAAACUUUGGAGACUCACAAGGCAGUGCUUUCCCUUAGGCUGGAAGAAAAGAAUGGCAAGAUUGCUGUCCAAAGCGAUAUGCAAGAAGGCAAUAGUCCUUCAGGUAUGCCAAGUCAAGCAGCAACUACAAGUUUGGUCCCCACAGAAGAACAAGCAAAACCCUAUAGAGUAGUAAACAUGGAACAACCUAUAUGCAAGCCAUACACUAUAGUGGAUGUAUCAGCAGCCAUGACCCAUAAACGUAUAGAGAAUCAGACAAGAAGCUUGGAUUCAAAAACUAUGCCAUCUAACCCAAAUUCAUCUGAUACAAAUGUUACACUUCAUUCUGUAUUAUCUGGGCAAGCAAACACCGAUCUUAAAAAAUCUAGUGCAGUCAGAUACCAGGAAGUUUGGACUUCCAGCACAAGUCCACGACAAAAGAUUCCUAAAGUGGAACUAAUUCCCAGUGCUCCAGGACCUUCUAUACCUGUAAGGAAGAAUAUUCACAAAUCUGCUCCUACUUCACCUACAUCAACAAAUAUUUCUACAAAAACUAUCCCUGUGAAGUCUCCUAACUUGUCUGAAAUAAAAUUCAAUAGUUACAAUAAUGCUGGCAUGCCACCCUUCCCAAUUAUUAUUCAUGAUGAGCCAACAUAUGCUAGAAGUUCUAAGAACGCUAUCAAAGUUCCUAUUGUAAUAAAUCCAAAUGCGUAUGACAAUUUAGCCAUCUAUAAAAGUUUUUUAGGGACAAGUGGAGAGCUCUCUGUUAAAGAUAAAACCACAAGUAUCAUCAGCCACACAUACGAGGAAAUAGAAACAGAAAGUUCAGCAAUGGAAAACAUCGUUAGCAAAUCAGUUGAACUUUCCCAAGCUAAAGGGUUAGCUAAUAGCACUGAGAGAAGACUGGGUUCUGUGGCACAGAAGGUUCAGGAAUUCAAUAGCUGUCUUGGCAAAGGUCUGACUUCAUCCAAAAGCUCUGAUCACAGCUCCCCAACAAAAAUACAAAGAACUCUUCAAGAUCCUGUGGCCAAAAUAGAAGACACUCAGGAGAUAUCUAGUGGAAGCCGGGAAAAUGCUUGUACAGUACUGUCACAGAUUGUGGCUUCUAUCCAGCCUCCACAAUCUCCCCCAGAAGUACCUCAGACUGGGCCCAAGUCUUGCAGUGCAGAAGAACUGUAUUCCUUGCCCCCUGAUGCUAACACAAGUAAAAGUACCCCAGUGCGACCCAAAUCUCUCUUCACCACACAGUCAAGCCCUAAUGCUGAGGCAAUGAAAUCCACAGAAAUGGUGCCGAAGGAAAUCCUGUCCAAGUCACCAGUCACCCACUCCACAAAGCCAGUGGCAGCCUCCCAGAAUAUCUCAAGUCCCAAAACUGAACAGGCUCCCCCAUUUCCUCCUCCUCGUUCCACAUCUUCACCGUAUCAUGCCAGCAAAGUGUUGCAAAGACAUUUCAGCAAUUGGACCAAACCCACGAGCCCCAUUAGAUCAACUGAGGCUGAAUCAGUAUUGCAUUCAGAAGGUAGACGAGCUGUUGAUGCAAAGCCCAAGCGUUGGAUAUCAUUUAAGAGCUUCUUUCGUCGCAGAAAGACUGAUGAUGAAGAAGAGAGAGAGAGAGAGAAGGGGAAACUAGUGGGUCUUGAUGGGACCGUGAUUCACAUGCUCCCACCUCCUCCUGUUCAACGCCAUAAUUGGUUCAGCGAGUCAAAAACAGAUUCUAGCGAGAAACCAUCUAUUGUGUUUAUGUUUAAAUGUGAACAAGCAAAGAUGGAGGCAAAAUCUGAUAGAAACAAGGCUGAAGAAGAAUCAGCAGUUGCAGUUGUGAUAUCGGACAGAAGAGAGAAUGAGAAGCCUCCAGAGAUGUUAGAAGAAAAUCUGAAGAGUCAUUCUUCACCACCUAAUAUUCCAAAAGAAAUUUUCAGCUCACCAGACCCCAGUGGAAUAAAUGCUUCACCAGAGUUUCGAGACAUGAUUAAAAGGCUCAAGAAGGCUCUGAGAGAAUUUCCUUUAAUGGGGAACUGUGUGAGUGAGUACAGUGGUCAAGUGUCUGAUGAGCAAACAGUGGAAAACCUGUCCCCUCGGAUUCCAAGAUCUGAAACUGAAAAGCAGGACGAUGGCAGUAAUGCAUCCUUCAUUCCACUAUCUCCCCCAGAAAUACCACACGGACAAGAGGAAAGAGAAGAAAUGUCUGAUUCCUCUGACAUGAGUGCCUGUAGUGCUACAUAUAGUAACUUAGGGCAGUCCAGAGCAGCUAUGAUACCUCCAAAGCAACCACGGCAACCAAGGGGGGCUUUUGAUGAUGCCAUGGAUUUUGGAGGAAUAUCUGAACCGGAAGUGACAACCACCUUACAUCCAACACCACCUCCACUGCCAAAGAAAACUAUUCUACGAGCUCACACAGAACCACUUCCAAAAGAACUCCAAAAACAGGCACUUGAAAGUGGCCUGUGUGUUAUGGCCAACCCCACCUAUGACAUCGACACCAACUGGGAAGCAAGCAGUGCCUGCUCUUCAGUCAGCUCAGAAUUCAAGGCUGUGGACAAUGCGUCAGGAGAUUCCUUGGAUAGGCCUCCAGAAAAAGGGCUUGUAAACUCCUCAGCAGCCAAUAGUUUUUCCAGCCUAACUGCUAUCAGUAUUAGAGACAGGUAUUCCAAUAGCAUGGAGUCUCUGUCAGAUAGGCCUGCCACCCACAGCAAGCAUGGCAAGGCUGUCCAGAAGCCCCAGAGACAAGCACUUUAUGGAGGAAUUGAAAACAGAGGAGAAGUGGUGAGCAGAAUCAGAAGCCUUCACACUGAUUCCCUGAAGAAACUAUCUGUCAAGUAUGAAGACCUUUUCAUGGCUGGACAGAAAGAUCAGCUUCGAUUUGGGGUUGACAGCUGGUCAGACUUCAGAUUAACCAGUGACAAGCCAUGCUGUGAGGCAGGUGAUGCUGUCUACUACCCAGCUUCUUAUGCAAAGGAUCCACUCAACAACUAUGCAGUCAAGAUCUGUAAGAGCAAAGCUAAAGAAUCUCAACAGUAUUACCACAGUUUGGCUAUCCGCCAGAGCUUGGCCAUCCAUUUUAACAUACAGCAGGACUGUGGCCAUUUCCUAGCUGACGUGCCUGUUCGUCUCCUUCCAUGGGAGGAUCCCAAUUCACCAGAAGAGGAACAAGAGGAGCAAGAAGAUGACAAGCAGAAGAAUAGGGAGAGCCCUUCCACUGUGGAAGUUUCACAGAAGGACAGUUCAAGUCUCCAAGGAACCAUAAGCAAGCAGCGCAGCAGAGUUGUAGUUAUCACUCGAGAGGUUCCAUAUCGAACAGUGGCAGAUUUUGUGCAAGAGUCUUCAGACCGCCAUGCCAGUAGCCCAGACUUGUAUGAAAGGCAAGUGUGUGUCCUACUCUUACAGCUGUGUUCUGGUCUAGAGCACCUGAAGCCAUAUCACAUCACACAUUGUGAUCUGCGUUUGGAGAAUCUUUUGCUGGUGGGCUACAGACCAGGAGGAAUCCUUCUGAACUAUGAGUGUGUGGAGCCCAACCCCAGUGCUGCUUGCCCUGCCAGGCUUAUAGUGAGCAAUUUCUCUCAAGCAAAGCGAAAGAGCCACAUGGUGGACCCAGAAGUCCUAAGGGACCAGUCCCGCCUUGCCCCAGAGAUCAUCACAGCAACACAGUAUAAGAAAUGUGAUGAGUUCCAGACUGGUAUUCUCAUUUACGAAAUGUUACACCUGCCCAAUCCCUUUGAUGAAAAUCCAGAGCUGAAGGAGAAAGAGUAUACUUGUGCUGACCUGCCCCAAAUCCCUUGCCGUUCCCUUUAUUCCCUGGGGCUUCAGCAGCUUGCUAACUGCCUGCUAAACCCUAACCCAUCAGAAAGAAUCCUUAUAUCUGAGGCCAAAGGAGUCCUUCAGUGUUUGCUUUGGGGUCCCCGGGACGAUCUGUUUCAGACUCUCAGUGCUUCUUCCAGACCAGCACAAAGAGAUACUGUGCUCCAGAACUGGCUGGACAUCAAACGGACGCUGCUGAUGAUCAAGUUUGCUGAGAAGUCUUUAGACAGAGAAUGCAAAAUCAGCCUCGAAGACUGGCUUUGUUGUCAGUAUCUGGCUUUUGCCACUACAGACUCACUCAGUCGCAUAGUGAAAAUCAUGCAGCAACAUUAAUUUGUAUGAGCUGCUGCUUUCACUUGGAUGCACUCCCAAUCUUUCUUCGUCCCAAGCCUCAUGGUGUGCAAGUUUUAAAAUUCUAACCUAGAACUCAAGGUCACCAAUAGUGAGCAAAUUGAUCUUGCUAGCAAGCUCUGUUUCCUGUCAUAGGUGCAAGGGAGAGGUCUGAAGCCCAUCAUUAAGCAUAGCUGGUUGUUUGAUAGGACAAGGAGGUCUGUAAAUGUAAUAAGGAAACCACUAUUUCUGAUACUGCUGUUGUGAAGGAAACUGGAGGUAUGCCCAGCUAUUUCUGUAUGGAGUGCACGUGUGGCAAAUGGCAGCAUCCAUUAUAACUACAAACCGAAAUUAGCGUAAAAUCAGUUGUGAAUGAGUCACCAAAAUGUACAUUGCUCUUCGCAAAGAUAGGGCCUCUGUCAACCCAUCUCAGAGAUGACUCAGACAUAUCAGUCAUACUUCCUUGAGAGGUAGGCUUUGAUUUGAUUGUUCCUUCCCAAGGAGACAACACUGUUGCUGAAACAGGUGGCCAAUGAGUUAGUUACGAUCAACUGCAUUCUGAACAAAUUGUCCCUUUUUAAAAUUCUUCUUGGGUUCAAAGUACACAUUACAUGCAAAGCCCCAGUAUUUGUGCUGUUGGUGGUAUAUUUUUUAAAAAACCACAGACUGGUGAUUUUGAGUGGAGUUGUGGCAGGGAAGCCCUUUUCCCAGCAAGCCAUUUUCCCGUUCAGAUUUGGUCCCUGAGCUGCUUCCCCUCCCGCUGCAGAGUUCCAGAUGCAUGUUUACCCUUUUCAUAUGUAGCUUUUCCCUGCCUUUAACCUCUUUGACCCUGAAUUCCGGUUUAUCAAUCUAGAGUAUUUCCACUAGCAGCAACGGGUAUGUUUUUCUCUCUUGGCCAGUUCACAUGACACAGUAGUUGUGCUAGAGAUUGUUGAUGAGGUGCUAAUUAUAAUGUUAACAAAGAGCACGGCAACUGAAGCAAAUGAGUUAGGAGCAGAUGCUCCCCUCCUAUCAGGCUGGUAUAUGUCCUAAACCAAGAGUAAAAAUACCAGCAUUUGGUGCCCACUUUGCAGCCAUGUGUGGGGUUUUGCAAAGCAAGAUGGAAGCAAGUUACAAAGUUGCUCAGAGUUCAUCUCUGUGUAACAAAUCACUAUGUAAAUAGAGAUGGGUUUUCUACUGGCAUGGUUCUCUUUGGGGCAGAAAACAAGGACACAGAAUAUCUUGUACAGUUACCACAAGAGCUCUAUGUAGAAUUUGGCUAUAGAACUGCUAUCAGUUACCAGUGUUUAGCUAUUUUAUAUUAUCACACUAUUUUUAAUAUGCCAUGUCUGUCAGCGUCGACUCAGAAGGAAUUGCUACAUAAGGAAAUGUUACAUAAACGAGCCCAAUGGCCUGAAGGUGUGUUUGGCUUCUAGACGCCACUGCUGGCUUUCUUCCCUGUCACACUGGCCUUUUCCUGUGGAGGCAUUAUAGCCCUGCUGCACCUGAUCUCUCUGCUCAGUAUUGGUUGGAAUUGUUUGAGUAACUCUGAACUGUUGGAGCUGCAGACCAGUAUUGAAUUCCCACAGUUGGGGAUGGUUUUUGAAAUGUGGACAGCUCGUUUUGAGCCUGUGCUGCUGCUUCUUCUCCUCCUAUGGAUAUAUGUGCAAUUUUUUAUGUAUUAUAUGAAAAGCUGUGUUAGUGUUUACAUUGCUUAACAGACUUAACCAUAUGCUAGACUUGCCCCCUUUCCUCUUCAUGGCACAUAGAUGCACAAGGUUACAUGUGCUUGUUCUCUAGAUUGAUAUUUCCUUUCCUUAUUGUUAAACUGUGACUGUGACCUGUUUACUUCAGCCUUGGAGAUAAACAGCCACUUUGAACAGCAUGUGCAUGGUUGGACCAGAAAUUGAAAAAAAGACCUGCAGAAAUGAUGCCAGCAAAGUCGUCUCUGUACUCUUGGAGCAGGUGGAUUUCUCACUGAUCCCAACCCUGUAGUUCAUGAAAGUCUGAUCCCAGCAUAAAAUAUGAGGUGGCCUCUUGACAUGCUUUGAAUCUUCCUGUUUUAAUACCUAUUGCUUAUCAGAGAGAUACCAGACAUAGUUAAGAGUAAAACAAAAGUGCAAAAGUUGUUUGCAUGCAGGUAGCUGUACUGGCACACAAAGGGUCCCUCCAGACUGAUGUGUUGUUGUUUUUGUGGCUGUAUGCUAUAACAUGUCACUGAUGCAAUAAUAGUGCAUUAGUGGUGGAUUUCUACUGGACCAUCCGUGCAUCAUUCCAUUUUCUUGAUUGUUCUGUGAUGCAUCAUUGUCAUCUGGAGGGGCACGCUUGCACUGUAGUGUAACAGAAAUGGACAAAAAUAAACUGGAACAUCCGUGGGAUAAAAGUUCAGGAUUUCAUCAGGAUAUUAUGGGACAUGCACUGAUUAGAAAUGAAGCAGUAUGUCCAUCCCAGAACUUUGCAGGUGGAAACAGUAUUGAAAGCGAGAUCACAUGUAACUACUCCAAUAUCAUCAUGAGCACAAAUCAUGAAUGCACAAUAAAAAGAAUGUCUGGAGAGGUUGAAAGAGCCAAUUGCACUGAAGCCCAGAAUGUAAGGUGUGGUUUUGGUCUAUAAAGCCUCUUGAAUGAAGUAUUUGGUGCCAAUGAUCUACAGACCUCUGACAGGAUCCUUUAGAGACUUGUACAAACAUCCCAUGCAGCCCUACUUCACAUAGGUGGGGGGGGCAAUGCUCACCUGUGUGAGUGCGCUUGCUCACAGCCAGCCACCUGCCUUACAUGCUGGCUAGGUAGAGAACACUGCUUCUUCCCAAGUUUUAUUAUGCUUUUAACUGAUACUUGUGUGCACAUAACUUCUCAAUCAGCGUGCUCAUCCUAGCAGAACAUGGACUACUGAGCACACCAGUAGGCACAUUCCUUUAGGCCACCUGCUAUAUUUCUGUGUAUAGAGAUGUGUGCUUUGUGUCACUUUCAUGUUGAUAUACACAUGCAAAGUAGACUAUUGAAUGUUUUAUGAUCUUGUGUAUUUUAUGCAGCGGAUCCCAAAACUCUGCAGCUUUUCUUUUAGCUUUCUGGUAUCAUUUUACACUUGGAUAGCAGAUCUGAACCAGUAUUAGUGUUGAGUACUCUAGGCAAGCAUGGGUAUACACUUCACCGACAUCUCCUUUUUAUGUAGUACUGAGUGAACUUUGACAAUGAAAGAUGGUAAUGUGAUUGCUAUGUACUCUGUGUGUAUAUGAGGGGCAGGAAGUGAAACCUGGCAGUAUCUAUUCUUUGUGAAGCCUGGGGCUACCUUUGCAAACAAGCCUCAUUCAUUUUUUAGGAUUUGCCAUUUAAGAGACGGGUCAAAUCAAACAGAUACUAGAACAAAAUAAUGUUAUCACAUAAAUGUUAAACCAAAAUCCUUACUGCCCUCAUAACUGGCUGCUGCAAACAUCAAGAAUAGAACCUUAAAUACACACAUUUGCAGGGUUUGCAUUUUAAAUAAUUGAGCAUUUUUAGUUGAGCUCACCACAGUUCAAAGGAUUGUGAUUCUCAAAUAGCCAUAUUGACUGUAAAUAUAUAUAUAUAUUUACUGAUUGUAAAUAUAUAUUUUCCAGAAAGCUGCCACUCAACAUAUAUUAGCACAAUGAACCUAAAUGAACCUAACCACACACAAACACAAAAUUGGGGAAAUUCAGUUGUGUUAAAAGAAUUUGAAUGUGUACUUCUCAGAGCUUUUAGUGUCAUUAAUCUUUUCUGGGAUGGCAACCUGGGUCAAUGAUUAAUUGCACUAACAACAGUGCCUUGUCACAGAAUUAAAGCUAUUAGGGAUAGGAUUCUGCAGUGAGAAUCACCCACUGCUAGCUACCAGCUUAAUGAACAAUGUUGCCUAUAUUUUAUUUGGGGAGGGGGAGUCUAAGAAAUAAAAUUACGCAUUUCACAUGAAGCUGAGUUGGCAAUUUUACCAGAAGGGACCUCUGUGGUAGCUUGGAUCCAGGGACUCUUGAUAUUAUUGAAAUGCCAAAAUAAAAAUCAGUGAAACAUGUUCUUCAAAUCUGCAACUUGUAUAGAGUAAGAAACAGAACAUGUUGAAAUAGCUGUUUAGACAACAUAAAAGGUGGAAAACCUGUUGCUCUGACAAUCCUUUUCAGACUCCAACAACAAACUUACACACACAGACCAUAUGCAAGUCUUGUUAGAAACACUAAAUACUUGUUGCAAAUGUUGAGGAAGGCUAUACCCAAUCUGUCCAUUGGUGUGAAACCCAGAACACAUGGAAAGCAAGAAUGUUAGGGAAAGUGGCACACUUCUUAUAGUACCAUCCCACAUAUUGGAAUUCACUUGUUGAAUUUGGGUUAAGAAGAAACAGAAUUUUUGUUUUUAAGGCAACUGGUACAUCAACAGCAAAAUGGUACAGUGAUUCACGUUAAUAUCUUAUUCCAACUCUCCUUUUCUUCCUUUGGGACAGGCUUUUAUAAAGGUGAAGUCUAGAUUCCAUUAAACUGUCCUCAAACUCUUUACCUUGUAAUAUGAUUAUUAUGAUUAGUUUUUAUUAUGUUUAGACUGCCAUUCCACCAAAGUUUUUAGGGUCGCAUGUAAGAAUAUAGUAAAAUAAAACAUAAAAUCCACAAUAAAAUCAUAAAAUUGUCCCAACUCACAGUUCAAUUACAAAAUAACAAUGCAGAAGUGCAAGUGAACAGGAACUGGCUAACCAGUCCCCAAAGGCCAGAUAAAAAUAGAGAUGUCUUUAACAGAUUUUGAAAAAACAUCAGUGAGGACAAACAUACCAGUUGGGGGGAGUUCCAUAACAUUCAAUUGAUAAGAACUGAAUGUUCCUAUUUCUUGUAAAGGUAAUUAAUGGGGACUAUUCUGCCCUGUUCACUGAUUGUACAAUGAUUUGGGGGGUCAUAGUGCUGCCUUUGGUAAGACAUUUAAAUCCUAAACCACCAAAAUAAGAAUUGGAAGUAGACCAUAAAACAGUUUCCUCACUGAGAGAGGACGAGGUAAUAUAUUAGAUGUAUUAGCAAACACCAAGCAGCAUUGAGACAACCUUGAUCCAGGCCCUACUUAUGUCACAAAAUGCAAUAUUUUUAUAUCUAAAAGUCAGUUCCCAACAUCCUGCCACAUUCUCACAUACCAGGAAAUGUAACCUAGGUUGGGGAUAUGCAAGAGCAGCAUUGAUUUUCAAUGGCUGGAGUCACCAGAGCUUAGUUGCCACCCCAACACUGGCUGUGUUUGCACAUUAUGCUAAGCCAAACCAUGGUUUAGCGCAAACCUGCUGGCUCCCAAGGAGGAAUUUACAGCUGCUUUGCUUCUCCCAGGAUUUGUUCGGUCAGUGCGACAUGGUCAGCCAAGAUUUUGUCUUAGCAUUUUGCCCAAAUCCAGGCUCAUGGUUAAGCUCUGUCCUUAAAACCACAAUCUAUAGCCAUAGUUUGCCUUGUGGUUACAUGUAAUGGUUAAGGAUGAGAGACCUCAACCACAAUCCCAGGUUUGGACAACACACAAAGCCAAGGUUUAGCUUAGCUGCCAUAUCGCAUUGAUCUAAAAACAGGAGGGAGGAGGGUGCAAGCUCCUCUCCAGGCUUACCGUGAUGUGUGAACCAGACCACUGUACACCUUUUUACCUUCUUCCAUAUAAAUUAAUAGUUGCCAUUUGCUCAGGGUGGGAAAUAAAAGUUGCGCUUGGGUGUGUGGCCUGUCUCUUUAAGAGACUUGUGGGAUCUGUAAUAGAAACUCCCCUCCCUGGGUGAGUGUGUUUCCCUCCAUAGUUGGAACCUUAGUCUUACCUAUGUAGCAAGUUCUAGCAACUAUGCAGAGUUAUCUGUUCACAUAUAAAUACAGCAAUUGACGUUAUCCUGACUCCUGCUGCUUCAUGGUAUUAUGGUAGACCUGUUGCAAGGUUUCCUCACACAGUGAGUACCCUUCCCAAACCACAUGGUUUGGGACAGUUCUUGGGGACAAUAUUGCAGCUGAGGCAAAGUCUACAUGGCACUCUCCAAUAAGGAUUCUGCAGGGCAUGGACUGUACUCUCCAGGGAUCCUUGAAAUAUACAAGCAUACACUAUGCCUGUCAUGACAGGCAUUUUGCAAGCUAUUCGUCUAAUUAAAAUCUUUUACAAGGGAAAUUUUGAAGGAUAUUUGCUAUGUAAAAAUUAUUGCAACUGCUAAAGACCCCUCUUUACUAGACAGCAGCACCUCUUUCCAGCUGUUUUGGGAGUAUCGUAAUGAAGUACAAGAAUGUGUAUUUUUUUAAAAUGCAAAAUCAAAAGCAGGCCUAGAGACUAAUUGAAAAUUAUUAAUUCCUAAGAAAAUCUCUACAAAAGCCUUUGCUACACCUUCCAACCUCUGGCUGAAAAGCUGUCAGCUGCAAAGCAGACAAUUUAGCUAGAAGUGAGGAGAAACAGGUGGUGGUUCACAAAAUUGCCAACUCACCUGUACCUAAGUGCUUCCCUUUACUCCCAUUUAUACCGCCUUCUAACUUCUUGGUUAUCUCUCUAGCUUAGAAAAGAUUGAAAUAUUUUAAUAGGGAAGAAACUUGACUCCAUAUUUUUAUACAUGAAUUUUACUUAACUACAAGAAUAAUCCACUUUGCCCUUUUGUUUUUAUGUCCUCUGUCUGUCUCUCUGUGUGUGUGUGUGUGUGUGUGUGUGUGUGAUAUACAUAGCUUAUAUAAUGUAUAUAUAGAUACCAUAUUUGCUUGAAUUUUAAAAAUCCUAAAGUAGUUAUCCUUUUUGCAAAACACCAUUUCAAAUGUACAACUUUGUUGGGCUUAGGUUUUAUAGCAUCUGCCCUGGGAGAUUUUUAUUUUAAACUGAGCAUUUUAAGUAUGAGGAAAGAUCCCUUUGUUUUUACUAAAAUAAUUAAAAAAAACAUGUUCUACACAAGUGCAGUGGUAUUUCUUUGCAAAUGUCUCAAGGUGGAAAUUAAUCUUUUCUUUGAAAGACUCCAUUCUCCUGGGUAAUCUUUGUGUUUGGAAUUCACUGAAUUGCUAUAUCUGGUGCUUAAUAUCUAUAUUUACACAUUUUAUAGAUAUAACUCCUAGCCUACCUUUGUGAUCAGAGGGCAAUUACACUCUGGUUUGCUGUGGUACUUUGCUGUGUAACUCCGUGGCAUAUAUGUUACUGUGUA